AUGGCUCCCUCCAAGACGAAGACUAAGACGCCUCCGCACAAGUCGAACGACCACAAGCGAUACCUGGCAGACCAUGUGAACGAAGCCGCAGGAUCCACGCUCGACCUGAAUGGCAGCGAUGCGGACGGCAAGGCGCUGCAGAAGAUGGAGCAGUCCAACGACAGCGAUCUCGAGGGUUUCGGUAGCGAGCAUGGCGAGAAAAACGACCAAGAAGAGAGCGGCGAAGAGGAGGACAGCGAUGCAGAGAGCGUGAAAAUCGACAUGGAGGAAAAGAAAGCAGAAAAGGUCGUUCUGCCCAAGGAUGCGGAAGAAGAGGAGCUUGAGCGUUUGAUCUUCGGCGACUCAGCCGGGUUCAAGCAAGGGCUCGACAACUUCUCGCUCAGCCGCACAGCUGGCAUGUAUGGCGAUGCCUCGGACGAAGAGCAAGCCGAUGAAGCAGACCUGGAGAAUGUCGCCGACGACAAUCUCUUCUUCUUUGACACUGGCCCAGAAGCUGCCCCUGCUGGCUCCGUCGCUGCCGCCAAAGCAGAAGAAUCAGAGGACGAGGAAGACAAGCCAGCAUGGGACGACAGUGACGACGAGCGUCUGGUGGUCAGCUUGGCAUCCAUACCGCAGCUGAGGAAGCUCAGGGAGACAGCAGAAGAUGACAUGGUCAACGGGAAAGAGUACGCACGCAGGCUGAGGAAGCAGUACGUGCGACUCUAUCCAGCGCCCGAGUGGGCAGCCCACGCGACCGGCAAGGCGAAGAAGCGUAGACGGACAACAGACGAGGAUGAAGAAAGCGGAGAAGAGUCGGGAAGUGACAUGGACGUUGACGACGACGACGACGACUUGUCUACACAGCCACUGGCAAGGCUUCUGAAGGAUGCAGACAUUCUGUCGCGCAAUGUAGCAAGAGGACCUGCAAAGAGGAGGAAGUUGCAAGCUGGCACCGUCGACAUUCAACGGCUAAAGGACGUCUCCAAAGCAGGGCCGUCUGCAAUCACCUCUCUCUCCUUCCACCCUACAUACCCGCUGCUUCUUUCUUCUGGGCCUAGCUCAACACUCUCGCUUCACCACGUCAACCCGAACCCGCCGAAUCCCAACCCUCUUCUUACCUCGCUGCACAUCAAACGCACACCGCUUACCACAACCGCCUUCCACCCUUCAGCCUCGGAUUCGCGAAUCUUUCUUAGCGCUCGCCGACGUUAUUUCCAUGUUUGGAACAUCGCGACCGGGCAGGUGGAGAAAGUCACUCGUGUCUAUGGCCACCAGCACGAGCAGCGUAGCAUGGAGCACUUUUCGCUGUCGCCCAAUGGGAAAUACAUGGCAUUACGCGGUUCCUCGAGAAAGGGCGGAGGUGUGAUCAACAUCCUUGAUACAAGAACACUACAAUGGGCCACUCAAGUGCGCAUUGAGUCCCGAGGCGGAGUGGCCGAUUUUGCAUGGUGGGGCAAUGGCAGCGGUAUGAGCAUUGCAGGCAAGAACGGCGAGAUCACGGAAUGGAGUGUACAAGAGGGCGUUGUUGGGCGAUGGAACGACGAGGGCGCUGUUGGCACAACCGUCAUCGCUCUCGGCGGCAACAGUGGGCGAAACGACUGGAUAGGCGGAGAUCGAUGGGUUGCUAUCGGAAGCUCAAGCGGUGUUGUGAACAUCUAUGAUCGAAGAGCUUGGAGCGAAGACGCAGAGGACGUCAAGCUGAGCUCGAACGGUGGCAUCCCCAAGGCGCCGAAACCACUACGUGCCCUUGGAAACCUCACCACACCCACGUCGCACCUUACGUUUUCGCCAGAUGGGCAGAUACUAGCCAUGGCGAGUAGGUGGAAGAACAACGCUAUGAGGCUGGUACAUCUCCCGUCCGCCACAAUCUUCAAGAACUGGCCUACAGAGAAGACUCCGCUAGGCAGGAUCACCGCCGUGGCUUGGGGCCGGCCCACAGAAGAAGAGGAGCGUGAAGGAAGCCUGGCGCAAGUGGCUGUUGCCAACGAAUCGGGUCACAUCAGGCUAUGGGAGGUAAGAGCUUAA